UUCGUUAUUGCUAAGUUAGUGAGCUAAGCUACUUCACAUCAACCGAAACGGCUCUCUGGACUUCAGCUUUGACUGCUAUCAUCGACGGGAAAAUGUCAAAAAAACAGAUUUACUACUCUGACAAGUACAACGACGAGGAGUUUGAAUACAGACAUGUGGUGCUUCCAAAGCAGCUGUCUAAAUUGGUGCCCUCCGCCCACCUGAUGGCAGAAGACGAGUGGAGGGGACUCGGGGUGCAACAGAGCCAGGGUUGGAUUCACUACAUGAUACACAAACCAGAGCCACACAUACUGCUUUUCAGAAGACCUCUCCCAAAGGAUUAAAUGGAAACCUGUAAAGUGCCUGCUAUCAUCUUUGCUGAUUUGUAUUGUCUAUGAACCAUACAUCCUUCAUACCAUCUACAUAUGUUCUAAUGUAUUGUGUAGAAAAUCCUUAGUUGUAUUGUGUCUUUUGUCCUUUCAAACUCCCUCAAUUUUUAGAGGCAACGAGAGGCAAUCGGCUUGAUUCCACUGUGAAUGAUAACCUUAUAAACAAUAUGAAAGUGAAAGUUUGCCUGUCAAGUGUACAUUUUAAUACAUUUUUUAAAUGUCUUUUGAUGCCAUUUUUAUGAUGAUUUAUUUACUGAGUAUCGGGCAGGCAUAGUUUUUAGUUUUUUUUUUUUCCUUUCCUCAAGCCCAUUACUUUUCCAAAAGAGCUUUCUAUGUUUUUCCUGUUCUUUAAACUUGUGUUUGUGUCAUGUACAUAAUAUUAUUUCAAGAUGUUAUAAAUGUUGACUGAGUCAUGGUUGAUUCAACACUUUCUUUGUUGCUGAAAGAACAAAUUAAAUGUACUU